AUGCUCGAGAUAACAUGCCGGGGAACUCCAUACGAAAUCGGGCUUCAUCAUGGAUACAAUGCCAAAGACCUCAUUAGAGAGAACGUGACAUUUUAUUCGCAGUUUUUCCAAGACUGGAGCAAAGUGACAUGGGUAGAGGCCACCACCACGGCGCAGGCCUUCCUCCCGUAUCUCAAAAGGCAUGUCCCUCACCUGGUCGAAGAGAUGAAUGGCAUUGCUCAUGGGAGUGGUCUAGAGUUUUCGGACAUUCUGACGCUGAAUUCAAGAUCGGAAAUUGCCAUGGGCAUGCUCACCGACGGAUGCACCACUGUAGCAUGGAAGACCGACAUGUUCUGCGUUGCUGGGCAAAAUUGGGACUGGGAUAUUGCGCAGAAAUCACGCCUUGUGCUGCAGCACAUCAUUCCCGUCGAUGGAACAAAGCCAAGAAUCAGCCAAGCUACCGAGGCAGGCCUACUGUCCAAAAGCGGUAUCAACUCAAAAGGCGUUGCCGUAUUUUUGAAUGCAAUCCCACAAAGGGGUAUCUCAUUGCAGGCCUUACCAAUUCACAUUGCGCUGCGAGAGGCAUUGGAGGCGGUUACAAGAGAAGAUGCAAUAUCCAGAAUCACCGAGCUAGGAAUAGCUACAGCGGGUAACAUUCUUGUUGCAGAUGAGACUGGAGGCACUUGCCUGGAAUCCAGCCACGCCGACUUGAUACGACUGGAAAUGACGGCCGGCCAAAUUGCACACACCAACCACUUCGUGGUCCGUCACAGCUUCACACCAUCAGAGAAGUUUCCAUGGCCAGACACAAAACCGAGACUGGACAGGGCAGCGCAUCUGCUAGAGGCCUACCGUAGCGAACUGACGGCCGUGACAGAUGGGAUGAAGUGUAUUGAGCAUGUCCUGGAGGACGAAGACGGGUUCCCAGCAGCCAUCAAUCGAUGCAACGCAGAUGGAAGUAACAGUGCUACUUUAUUCAGCAUUGUGUCCAACCUAUCCCGAAAAUCAGCUCGUUUACGAUUAGGUCGACCCUCUGCACCAGAGGGCAUUUGGGACCUGAAUCCGGCAGAACUGUGA